UGAAAAAUAACCAGAAAAACAUAGCUUUCUUCGGAAAAUAUAUAGGAUACAUCAGAAAUGAAAAUGUAUGUAAAAGUCGUCUUUGUAUGGAUGGUUUCAAUCAACUGUCUACAAUGUGUUAUUUUAAACAGAUAUUUGACGCAGGAAGAGGUGGCUUGGUACAUCGAUCAAAAUGGUUGUCGUCUAGAAGAUCUAGUUAAAAGAUAUUAUCAGAAGGUUCCUAAUACAGAACUACGUGCGCAGUGCAGAUUAUUUGUGGAAAAUAAGAAGCGGAUAUUAAAUGAUGACUAUCAUGCAUGGAGACUUAUUUUGGAAUUAAAAGCUGAUGAGACUGUCUCAUCCAUAAGCAGAAAAAUGGGGAAAUGUUAUAUGUAUUCAAGGGAGCCUACCAAAAGUUUCACUAUGAGCUGUGUUAUCUACAAUAAUAGUUCCUUCGGAGACAUCUGUUUAUCAAACAAAAAUUGUGUCAACAAUACUGUUUGCAGUAUGAACAGAUUUAAUGGGAGGUGCAUAUGUCAAGAAGGGUUCAAGGAAGAAAAUGAAAAAUGUAUUAAAGACAAUCUAACACUUGGGGAAAUGUGUAGCGUCAAUCGUCAGUGCAGACAAUCAAAUGCAGAAUGUAGAGAUAGACGGUGUUCUUGUAAAACGGAGUAUCUACAAAUUGAAAAUAAUUGUGUUAAAGAAAAUAAAACACUUGGUUCGCGAUGUCAGUAUAAUGACCAAUGUACAGGGACAGCUAAUGCUGGUUUAUGCCUGGGAAACUCAUCAUAUCUCCAGUGUAGCUGCGACAAAGGUUUUGUAGAGAGGAACCGAUCAUGUAUUGGAAAUUUAAGACUUGGAGAAUCUUGCACCCUAAAGAAGCAGUGCCUACAAUAUAAUGCAGAAUGUAGAGAAGGACAUUGCUCUUGUGAAAGUGGAUAUAUUCAAAUUGAAACUAACUGCGUAGAAGGACAUAAGGCCCUUAAUACCCCGUGCCAGUAUAAUCAGCAAUGCACAGGUACACCAGAUGCAAGUUAUUGUGUCGGUAAUUCAUCCUCUUUCCUCUGUAGCUGCGUUGUUGGGUUUACCGAAUGGAAUGGAUCAUGUAUUGUACUUCCUUACAGUCAAGACAUCAAAGAAUUGCCUGAGCAUUCAACUCCAAACAUGGAAGAGACUUUCUUUGACACCAAAGCUUUUGCAAUCUGGUCUAACAUUAUCAGUUUAAUAUUUGGAGCUUCUGUACCAACACUUAUCUUUGCUGUCUACAGUAGUAGACCGCGAUCUGUUGAGAAUCCUCAAAAUCUCUACAAACAUCGGUCUCCCAAAACAGAGGGCGUUACUUUGUACAGAAAGACAAAUGAUGGCAGGGAAAUGGGAAGAAAAACAAAAAUUUAUAAAAAGAGUGCUGCUAGCAUUGAGGUUAUUGACGAAGAAAACGAUCGAAAUCAAGACGAUAAUCAAGGCCCAUGCCUCUACAAUCAUCUUAAUGAGAAGGAGGAAAUUGAAAGCGUUAGUGAAAACAAGUAUGGUGCAGCUGAAAGGGAAAUACACAAUGACACAGAAAACACUUAUGCUCAAGUUCAAUCUCGCAAAGGCAAUUCGAAACAAUUGAAUAUUGACGAUGUUUACAUGCCAGUAACUCUAGAGAAUGAUUUGUAGAAGUGCAUAGAAUUUGAUCAUGCAUGGUUUUUAUUUUCCUUUAAAGAACAUUGUCAAGGGAAAACGUUUUCUUUUUUAAAAAACUGUCCAUACAUUGGUUCCAAUGGUCUGCACACAGAAGUAGGGCAAACACUAAAGACAGGUUCGAGUUAGUUACUGGACAAAAGAAAAGUUAGUAAAACUAUGAAAAGGAAACUGUUUUGUCAUUCAUGCAAAAAGUAGGUUUUUUUCUCUACUUCUUUAUUUUAUGAUAAAUAGUUUUGAUUUGUUUCAUUAUAUCAACACUCGCACUAUUUUAUUUUAUAUUUUGCAAAUAAAAUCAUUAAAGUUUU